AUGAGCCUCUCCUCCUCCUCCGGCGCCGCCAGAUCGGACGCCUCCGCGCCUGUGCUCCCUACCGCACCAACACAGGCCAUCGUCGUCCACCCCUACACCACCGUCAACGUCAAGGCUCACGUUCCCGUGACCCUAGACAUGAAGAGCGGCAACUACUCCAAGUGGGCGUCGUUCUUCAUGGCGUUGUGCGGCAAGUUCAGCCUCCGCCGCCACAUCGACGGCACCGCAGCGCAGCCCGACAACCCAGAUUGGGACGUCGCGGAGUGCUGCGUGCGCAGCUGGAUCUUCGGCACCAUCGACGACUCCGUCCUCGACCUCGCCAUCACCGACGAGAACCAGACCGCGCGCCAACUCUGGGUUGCGAUCGAGGCCCUGUUCCGCACCAACACGGCCUCCCGCGCUGUCUUCCUGCUCGAGGAGUUCCACACCCUCAAGCAGGGCGACUCCACCAUCGACGAGUACUGCCAGCGCCUCAAGUCAAAGGCUGCUGCCCUUCGACAGGUCGGCAACCCCAUCACCGACUCCCAGCUCGUUCUCAGCCUUCUGCGCGGCCUCAACCCUCGCUUCGACUCCACCGCCGACGACAUCGCCAACGCCACGGUUCUUCCGCCCUUCAUGCAUGCCCACGAGCUGCUCUCCCUCAAAGAGCUGUGCCUCGCCAACGACGCGAAGAACACAGUGGCCACUGCCCUCGUCGCCUCCACCACCGCCUGCUGUACCAGCCCCUCUUGCCGCUCCUCCUUCGCGGGGGUUGCUACGGGCGGUAGCAGCAAGGCCGGGGACAGCGGAGGCAGCGGCGCGCCCAAGCAGAAGGGCGGCAAAGGCGGCGGCAAGGGUCGCCGAUCUGGUGGCCAAGGAGGCAAGGGCACCGGCGGCCCGCAGACCGGCGUCCUGCAGGGCACCCCACAGGGGGGACAGUACCGUCCAAUGGGACCCUGGGUCUGCUUCAACCCGUACGCCCCUCAGGGUCCCACGGGUCAGCAAGCCGGCGGCUCCUGGCAAGGCGGCCAGGGCGGGUGGUCCAGCGGCCACGGCGGGUGGCAGGGCAUGCAGGGCGGGUGCACGCCCGGCCUCCUUGGCGCCAACCCCCAAGCGCACACCGCGUUCGCUCUAGCUCAAGUCUCCACCCCUCAGAUGUGGGAUCAGGCCGGCCUCAUUGCUGCCCUAAACCAGAUGGCGCUCCAGAACUCCAACUCCUGGGUCAUGGACUCUGGCGCGACCUCCCACAUGCACUCGUCGGAUGGAUAUCCCGACCAGUCGCGUGAUUCUUCGCUGCAAUAG